ACGUUCUUCUGGAUGUAGUCGUGACUAACCCCGCCUUCCCUCUCGCUGCCCACCGCUCAUUGGUCAAAGUCUACCUCGGCGUUUUUUGUCCCGCCCACAGCUUUUCGCUGGCCCAAUCAGUUGUCAGGUGCGACCGUGCCUGGCUGCCGGGCUUUUUUCCGAAACGUGUCCGCUUGUGUGAGCUGUGCUAUGCCCUUUGUUUUCCGGAGAUUACGUUCCGGGAGCAGCGGCUUCACGCAGGACGCUCGGGAUUUGUGCUUCGUUCUUACAGCAACCACUGAAAUCGAGUCAUCAAAUAGCCCUCAGGGAGCAGUGCGAAGUCUCAGCGAAAGUAAUUUGGCAAAUAUCCAUCCUGAUGCAGAUACUAUCCAGAAAGUCAUCACAAAUAAAGCUUAACAUAAUAAAAUAGCUACCCAAUUAACCUCGAAGAUGAGAAGGAAUACUAUGAAGAUGCUACUGACUUAAAUAAUGGUGCUGAAUUUCACAGAGUUAUAUUUCUUUAAGAAGAAACUUGCAGAUGUAUGGAAAUGACUGAGAUAGAGCAGGCAGAGGCCCAGCUGUCUGAGUUAGACCUGCUGGCCAGUAUGUUCCCUGGUGAGAAUGAACUCAUAAUGAAUGACCAACUGGCUUUAGCAGAACUGAAAGAGUGUAUUGAAAAGAGGACAAUGGAAGGGCGAUCUUCAAAAGUGUACUUUACUAUCAAUAUGAACCUGGACAUAUCUGAGGAAGCAAUGGAGAUGUUUUCUCUGGCUUGCAUUCUUCCCUUUAAAUACCCUGCAGUACUACCUGAAAUUACUGUCAGAUCAGCAUUACUAAAUAGAUCCCAGGAGACUCAACUGAACACAGAUCUGACCGAAUAUUUACAGAACUGUGUUGGAGAAGUGUGUGUCCUGAAUGUCACAGAGUGGGUUAGAGAACAUGCCUCUGGCUAUGUUAGCAGAGAUACUCCAUCCCAUGCCAGAGAAAGUACAAACCAGCCAGUGACUCCCAUUCUUACAAGACUCUGGAUCUACAGCCAUCACAUCUACAACAAAUGCAAAAGAAAGGAUAUUCUAGAGUGGGCAAAGGAGCUUUCCCUGUCGGGAUUUAGCAUGCCUGGGAAACCUGGUAUUGUUUGUGUGGAAGGCCCUCAAAGUGCAUGUGAAGAAUUCUGGUCAAGGCUGCGGAAGUUAAACUGGAAGAGAAUUUUAAUUCGCCAUCGAGAAGACAUUGCCUUUAAUGGUUCAAGUGAUGAAAUGGCAACACAGAGGAAAUUUUCCAUUUUUGAGGAAAAAGUGUUUAUUGUUAAUGGAGCCAGAGCGAACCACAUGGACUUUGGUCAGCUCUAUCAGUUCUUAAGUGCCAAAGGGUGUGGGGAAGUUUUCCAGAUGCUCUUUGGUGUGGAAGGACAGUGAGAGAGCAGAAGAGUGGCUGAAAAGUUUUGUCACUGUUGGCCUUUUGAUCCCCCCUCUCCUCAUUCUUUCUUGAAAGAUAAAGUAAUUUAAUUUCAGGCCUAUUUUACACUGUUGUACAAUUGAACAUGUAUCUGUUAAGAAUGACUGGAUGCAGAACUGAGUUAGAAAUUGCAGUCUUUAAAUUAUUGACAGAAACUUCUUAUGUUGUGUGAAAGUAAAUUUCCAUUCCCUUUACAUGCCUUUACUAAAUCUAAGAAAGCCCUUCCAGCAUCUACUGUACCUAUUCAUGGCUGAGGAGAUACAGCUACCAGGUUUCUGGGAAAACAUUUGCUUCCCAAUUAAAGUGAUCCCUGAAACUAAGUUACCUAUAGCUUUAGUAAUCCUUUCAGCCAAAAGGGUUAAGAGAACCAUUCCCAAUGUGGUUUGGCUGCUGAACCCAUUACUGGUGCCUGUCCCAACACCAACACCUGCCUUUCUAUACAUUUAGUAUCAUGAAAUAAAACCAGUUAAAUAUUUUCAUGCUUAUUACCAGUGAUCCACAACCAAUUCGUCCAUUUUUUUCAAAGCUUGUUUGUAUCUACCUCAUUUGAUAUAUACAUAGUGAUGUUUAAUUUAGUUUUAAGCUCAUGUCUGUUUUUGUAUUCUCAUGUUCUGCUUUGCUUCUGGGCUUGGUGAGAUAUGGGUAAACAAGCCUUAAUCAUUUAUCAAAUUGGGAAUUUAGAGAAUUUGGUGCUGGCAAACUGGAUUUUAACAUGUUUCAUUUUGGAGAUAGCUUUUGAUUAACUUAUUUCUAGCAAAUUGACCAGUCUGAUAAACACUGAUUUUUUCUGGUAUCAUGUGUUUGAUAUUCCUUUAAGAAUCUGAGGUGAGGUUGGAGAUACACUGCACUGUGGAUUUUGUUUGGUUUACUCUGUGUGUGUGUGUGUACAUGUGUGCAUGCACCAAUAUUGGGGCUUGAACUCACACUGCCUCUUGGCUUCUUUGGUUCAUUGCUGGUGCUCUACCAAGCCAGUAGUAAACCAGAAGUAACCUCUCUAUA